AUGUCUAUCACCCUGAAACCGGAUGCUCCACACGAGGAGCUGGAGAACGCAAAGAAGGUGGCCCAGGAACAAGGGGGAACCAUCAAGCACGAGUUCACUCUCAUCAAGGCGUUCACCGUUGAAUUCCCAGAGGAGCAUGUCGGUAUCCUCGAGAGCAACCCCCACGUCCAUGUCGAGAAGGAUCAAGAAGUCAAGAUCCAGUGA